AAUAUAAAAAUUAAAUGAGUAAUAUAUUAGGUGCUUUUUUCCUAAAACCGAAGAUUUUAAAUAACACUUCAAUUAAGUCCUCGGAGAACACCCAAGAGUCGCUACGAAUGAAGCAGUUCCAUGAGAAACUUAAAUUGCAACCGAUACCAAAAGUAGGACCGCGGGAAAGAUUCGUGGAUUUAGUAUUAGUGGAAACCGACCCGAAAACUGGAGAACUGAUAACAAAUAGCGAGAAAGACCCUACUAAAUGGGGAGACUGGCAGCACGGUGGCAGAGUCAGUGAUUUUUGAAACGAAAACACGUAUAUAUUUUUUAAUGUAAUUUCUAUAAAUAUAUUUAAAGAACUCUAAAAGAAUUCUUACUUCUUAAUUUGCAAUGAUCAAUUUUUGCGUUUGUAAUUAUAUACGCGGAAAAUAAAUUAAAUUAUUUCGGUGUUAACUAAAAUAACAUAAAUCAAAAUUAUUUCUUGAUAUGAAAAAAAUAUAUAAAUUAGAUUAAUAUAAUAAGUAUAGAUGUAUAUGAAGGAAAGCUUUUGUAUUACAGAACAAAAAUUGUAUAUCAGUGAGAGGUAAUAAAUUACAUUGUACAAAA